UUUUUUGUUGUUUAUUUAUGUGUUCACUGUGAUAAUUUUCGGAAACUAUUUGGUGACUUCUUAGUUUAUUUAAAAGACUUGUUUGCACUUUACCAUGGUGUUGUUUUUAAUAGUAAGUCUAGUUAUAUUGAAAGGUGCAUUCUCUUGUGACGAAGAAUACCAGCUCAUCCGUCACCUGAUGGGGAAGUAUGACGCGUCAGUCAGACCUGUGGAAAACUCUUCGCAGCCUCUGGUUGUUACAUUUGGCGUUUCGCUGCAUCAUGUCAUAGAUGUUGUGGAGAAAGACCAGCUGCUCACAACCAACUGUUGGAUUACACAGAUUUGGAUGGAUCACCAUCUCCGGUGGAACACCAGUGAUUUCAACGGCAUUAGUGUCAUAAGACUACCUCACCAACGAGUUUGGAAGCCGGACAUCAUUCUAUAUAACAAUGCCGAUCCCAACUACAGUUCUGCAGUUAUAAACACAAACGUCAUUGUGAAACACACUGGCGAAGUAACUUGGUUAAGUCACGGAAUAUACGUGUCCGUCUGUGACAUCAAUGUGGAGCAGUUUCCGUUCGAUAUACAAGUAUGUACAAUGAAGUGGGCUUCUUGGACUUACGAUGGAUAUCAGCUGGAUUUACAGAAGCAGUUUGAUGAAGGAGACACCACAAACUAUCAAACUAACGGAGAAUUCGAUCUCGUCAGCUUCGAGGCCAUAAAGAACAACCAACAUUACUCGUGUUGUGACGAGCCUUACCCGGAUAUAACUUACGUCAUCAAACUUCGACGGAGACCCAUGUUUUACGUUUUCAAUCUCAUCUUGCCCUGCCUUCUUAUAAAUGGAAUUGCUCUGUUAGUGUUUUACGUUCCUUCGGAAUCUGGUGAGAAGGUGACGCUGGGUAUCAGCGCCCUACUGUCAAUGACAGUGUUUCUGAUGACCAUCCGUGAUACUCUACCUCCGACGGAAAAGACUCCAUUAAUUAGUCUGUACUACGGCGUGAGCACGUGUUUGGUUUCCUUUUCAGCAUCAUUAUCCGUUGUCACUCUCAAUAUAUCUUACAGAGGAGUGAGAGGGCAGCCAGUGCCGGCCGCGGUACGAGAGUUCGUGUUGGUGAGGCUGGCACGUCUUUUGUGCAUGAAUUUCGAUACAAACACUGUAAAUAAGGCAGACAAUAUACUCGUAGGAGGUUUGCCAGUGAAUCCCAGGACUGGUUCUCGUCUCAAGUCGGAGAUUAACUGCGAUGGCUCUGCACCUCAAACUUCACCAAGAUUCUCCCGCCACAACACCAAUCAUAUCAAUCGUGGCAAGCAGACGCCAACUUCUGGAACUCCGACUGGGCCUGUGGAGACACUGGCGGUCGGAUGCUUCGGGGCGUGCUCCAGGUGUGUUUGCUGCGGCUGUACCCUCAGAGAUGCAGCUACGAGACAUGAGCACCGGGUCGCAGCCAACGAAAGACUGGAGCGAGCUAAUCUUGAGUGGAAACAGGUUGCUGUUGUGGCCGAUCGAGCUUUACUUGCUGUUUUCGUGUUAAUCACGACGAUGGCUACGGGCGCAAUACUGCUUCCCCAAUUUAAAAAUCUUCACGUUGGAAAUACACCCUUAAAGUCACCGAUUUAAAGCUAUUAUUAAAAGAAUGAAUUAGUGAAGCUACGACAAUAAUUUUAAUUAAAAUUUUCUGUGUUUAUGUGUACAAUAUAUAUGUAUAUACAUAUGGUUCCGGUAAGAGUUCUGCAUGAAUGGAAAAAAAUUCUUAAUAGAAAAAAUUACCAAAUACGAAUCCAUUUCCUGUUCAGAAUUUUUAAUGUAGUGAAUGGUUUAUCGAAAGAAAGAUUGUGUUUAUUUAUCAAAUAUUGUUAAACCAAAG